GGAUCAAUCAACACCAGAGAAACAACAACCACAACACACCGAGCAUCUUACUCAAAAUCACGGGCUUACUCGUGCUAUCCCAUGCUAGCCCCGUUUUGAAAUCAUCGGAGGUAAAUCGUUAACUUUUCCGCCAGCUCGUGGCGAUAUCGGACGAUGCUUUACGCAUAACGUGGAAUUCUCAACUUUGUGGAAGUUGCGCUGCGAGUCUAUGCGAGUCCCGCGAGCAGCAGCGUGUCGCACAAAAGACGCAGAAGCGAGAUGAAGCCUUGUGAACCAGACGCGUUCCCCUCCGCCUCUCCCGUGGAUUUAUCCAGUCAGGACGUGGACUCAUGAUUCGACACUUCGUUUGGGUUUUGUGUUUCGGUGUCGCUUGGACGGUUCGCGCGGUUAUCCAACGCGAUGUCUGAUCCAAAUUAUUGGAGCGCUGUGCCUGGCAGCAGCAAAUCUCAUUUUGUGACUGGUGCGAUGCUCAAGCGAUCCAAAAGCUGUCGCAGCAGUAAUAGAAAGAGCCUUGGUGUUGGAACGCCGUCGCCGACCCGCCCUCUCUCACCUCUCUCUGCCCACACAGCAGCCAGCAGCCCUCUGGACAGCCCACGAAAUGUGUCCACUGCUGUUUGCUCGCUCAACUUCCCCUUCGCCCGCAGCCACCUGGCUCGAGCUGACAGAGCGGAAGGGAGAAGGUGGUCUUUGGCUUCACUUCCAUCUUCUGGUUACGGCACAAAUCCUCCCAGCUCAACCGUCUCAUCAUCGUCCUCAUCUCAAGAACGACUCCACCAGCUUCCAUACCAACCCACACAGGACGAGCUUCAUUUCCUUUUCAAACACUUCCGAAGUUCUGAAAGCAUGACCGAGGAAGAUAGGCGGCCCUCUCCGUUUAUGCGACCCCGGUCACGUAGCCUCAGCCCUGGACGAACAAGUGGUUCAUUUGAUAAUGAAAUUAUAAUGAUGAAUCAUGUCUACAAGGAGCGGUUUCCAAAGGCCACGGCUCAGAUGGAGGAGCAUUUGCUGGACAUCAUCCGGCAUUGUUCUCUAGACAGCACGUUGCCUCUGGGCGAUGGAGUUCUGGGGUUUAUUCAGCAUCAGCUGGUGGAGCUGGCCAGAGACUGUCUGGAUAAAUCCCAGCAAGGUCUGAUCACAUCCCUGUACUUCAUAGAGCUGCAGGAUAAACUGGAGAAAUUGUUGCACGAGGCUCUGGAGCGCUCUGAGAGUGAAGAGGUUACAAUUAUCACUCAACUGGUCAAGAAGAUUCUUAUCAUCAUCUCGCGUCCUGCACGACUGCUGGAGUGUCUGGAGUUUAACCCUGAGGAGUUCUACCAUCUACUCGAUGCAGCAGAAGGUCACGCGAAGGUCGGCCAGGGCAUCAAAACAGAUAUUCCCCGAUAUAUAAUCAGUCAGCUGGGGCUCAACCGACAUCCACUUGAUGAAGUUGUGCAGUUAGAGGAACAGUACGAUUCAGGCCAGACACUGACAGUUGAUUCUGAAGAGUGUGGCGAGCAGAAUAAAUCCUUACCCACACCGCCACGAAGGAAACCACUGGAGAGUGAUUUUGAGACCAUUAAACUCAUCAGUAAUGGGGCUUAUGGGGCCGUGUAUCUGGUACGGCAUAAAGAAACUCGCCAGCGAUUCGCGAUGAAAAAGAUCAACCGACAAAACCUGAUUCUGCGGAACCAGAUACAGCAGGUGUUCGUGGAGCGAGACAUCCUGACGUUCGCAGAGAACCCCUUUGUAGUUAGCAUGUUCUGCUCUUUUGAGACACGGAUACACCUGUGCAUGGUCAUGGAGUAUGUGGAAGGUGGAGACUGUGCUACACUGCUGAAGAACAUGGGACCACUUCCUGUGGACAUGACCAGGAUGUAUUUCGCAGAGACGGUCUUGGCACUCGAGUACCUCCACAGUUACGGCAUCGUGCACCGAGAUCUCAAACCAGACAAUCUCUUGAUCAAUUCUAUGGGACAUAUUAAGCUCACUGAUUUCGGGCUCUCCAAAAUCGGCCUCAUGAAUAUGACAACCAACCUGUAUGAAGGCCACAUAGAGAAGGACACCAGGGAGUUCAUUGACAAGCAGGUUUGUGGCACACCGGAGUACAUCGCACCAGAAGUGAUUCUCCGGCAGGGCUACGGUAAACCUGUUGACUGGUGGGCCAUGGGCAUCAUCCUGUACGAGUUCCUGGUGGGAUGUGUCCCGUUCUUCGGAGACACACCGGAAAAGCUGUUCGGACAGGUGGUCAGCGAUGAGAUUAUCUGGCCAGAUGGAGAUGAUGCCCUUCCUGUAGACGCUCAGGACAUGAUCAUACGAUUACUGAAACAAAGCCCACUGGAGAGACUCGGAACAGGUGGAACUCAAGAGGUGAAGCAGCAUAUGUUCUUCAACAGUCUGGACUGGAACGGACUCCUGCGUCAGAAGGCUGAAUUCAUCCCUCAGCUGGAGGCAGAUGAUGACACGAGUUAUUUUGACACACGCUCUGAACGCUAUCACCAUUUGGCUUCUGAUGAAGAUGAGGAAACGAACGAUGAAGAGUCUUCCCUUGAAAUACGCAGAUUUUCCUCUUGGUCAAAUCGAUUUAGCAAGGUGUACAGCAGCACUGAGCAUCUGGCCACCCCAUCCAACCUGAGUUUCUCAUCCGACCGCAGUCACAGUGAGGAGAUUGAGGACCGGGCUGAAGGGAGAGAUGCUCAUUGCCAUGGAGAGAUCCAACGGCAGGCCUCCACUGGAGAUAAGAGACUCUCUGCUCAGAGAGCCAGCCUGAGGCCUCGAACCUCCUCCAGCUCUUCUCAGCCCGAGCGUGCUGUGAGCCCUCUAGUGGUGAGCAGCACACACAGUUUGGAGGCCAUGCCUCGAUUUGCUCUGUCUACAGAUGAUGAGGCUGAGGUUGUCGUAUCCAACCUGCGACGAAUCAGACUACGUAGCAACAGCACUGGAACAAAACACUCAUCGCCAAGGGAACAAGGUAGUCCUCAGUGCUUCGGCAACCAGCUGGAGACGCCUGAUAGGCAGCGUCUCUCGCCAGGACGCAAAGUCCCCAAGUCUGCAUCGGUGUCCACCCUCUCUCUCAUUAUCACGCCAGAUGACGGCAGUGGCAGCCUACAUGCACGCUCCAUUUCUCCCCGCUCGUUUUCCUCUAACCCGUCAUCUCGAGACUCCUCCCCCAACCGAGACCUGUCACUCAGCAUCAGCAGGCUCCGCCCCCCAAUCAUCAUCCACAGCUCUGGGAAGAAAUACGGCUUCACCCUGCAGACCAUUCGGGUUUACAUGGGCACCAGCGACAUCUACACCAUACACCACAUGGUCUCAGGUGUUGAGGAGAGCAGCCCGGCUCAUGAGGCGGGUUUGCGAGCAGGAGAUCUGAUCACUCAUGUGAAUGGAGAGUCUGUACAGGGUCUGGUGCACACAGAGAUGAUGGAGCUUCUGUUGAAGAGUGGAAACCAGGUGUCCCUUCAGACUAUCGCUCUUGAGGACACGUCUAUAAAGAUCGGGCCGGCACGCAAGAGCAGCUGUAAAGGAAAGAUGGCCCGCCGCUGUAAGAGAAGCAAAUGGAGGGACAAUCAGGAUCGGAGACGGAGCGUGUUAAAGAAGCUGUCUAAACAGAGCACAGUCAUGCACAGCAGCCGGAGUUUCUCCUCCGGUCUGCAUCACUCGGUGUCCUCCAGCGAGAGUCUUCCCGGCUCUCCCACCCACAGUCUUUCCUCUGGACCCACCACACCCUGCCGGAGUCCUGUCCCAGACCACACCGCCGAUGCCGGCGUCCCCCAAACCACCUCACCAUGUUCCUCCAGCUCGCCGAGUUCACCGGCGGUCCAAAUGCGCCCCAGCACGCUGCACGGCCUCGGGUCCAAACUUGCCAACCAGCGCUACACUAAAGUAGGAAGACGGAAGUCCACCAGCAGCAUCCCGCCCUCGCCUCUCGCCUGCACCUCCUCUCCGCAAGCUCUAUCUCCCCAGCGCUCUCCCUCCCCCCUCCCCAGCAUCUCCAAAACCCUUCACCACUCCUUCCACGGCAAGACCCUCUCGCCCCCCACCAUCAUUCGGCACGUGGUCAGACCCCGCAGCGCCGAACCCCCGCGCUCCCCUCUGCUGAAGAGAGUCCAGUCCGCAGAGAAACUCUCGGGGGCUUUAUACGCCGACAAAAAACCUCACGCCCCCCGCAGGCACACGCUAGAGGUCCCCCAUAGUGAAAUGGAUGUUCCGGGUGACGUUGAGGUAGAGGCGGAUCACGGCAGGUUCGGCGGGUACCUGUGCGGACAGCGGUUGAGGGACUGGUCAGGUGACCGCAUGGAGCAGAUCGUCGUUAUGCGCAAACUGAAUCUAUCUGAGCGCCGGGAUUCCUUUAAGAAACAGGAAGCUGUGCAGGAAGUGAGCUUCGAUGAGCCGGACGACAGAGCCCCACAGAUUCCUGCUCAGACCAGCACCAGGCCGGUGUGGAUGACAAGCGAUGUGCAGUCGGAGGAGGAGUGCGAGGUGAGAAGGAACCCGCUGGUUCCGCAGAUCGCCGUGCAGGGAUCUGAAAGCGAAGAAGCAGAUGAGUGGCAGUUUUGCUCGGACGAGGAGGAGGAAGAGGCGGUCAGUCAGAGUGACCCUCGGCCAGACCCUUGCAUGGACAGAGAUGCUUCAACAGCCACGCAUGAGAUCGCAGAGACGGCCACGGAUACGACGAAGCUGGAGAAGCUUCAGAGUCCAGAAAAGGGCAAAUUGAAAGAGAGAUCAACAAAGUGAAGUCUGUUACCGCAGAGCUUCAUCUGCUUUGGCGUCUGCUGAGAUCGUUUGUGUGAUUUGUUACCGCGCAGAAUUCAGUUACAGAGAGAAGUUGCUGUGUUUUAUAACAUGUCAAGUGAAGCUAGUCUUGAGCAGGGAAUUUUUGCUUUUGGGUUUUAUUUAUGCACAUUUGAAGUAUGUAUGUAGACCAAAAAAGAGCAACGUUGUGCGAGUAAAUUUUUUCUGUGCGUUCGGUGUGCCUGCGGAGGAAUGACAUUUGAAUCUGUUUCGAGAGUUCUUUGUUUUUGCAUAAGUGGGCAGGUCUACUUUAAAAGCUGCAAGUUUUAAUAGAUUGUGAAAGAAAAUUACACAUUGUGGAAUAUUACAUGAGAAGACCCACAUGACAAGAAGUUGCAAAAGCGUUUGAAAUGAUCUUUUUAUGGCGGAAUAAAGGUCUUUGUGUGUCUGCCAUGGAAGUUUGUAGUGCAAAUUGGCCCCAAAAAGUCAUUGUAAAUUUCAUGCUUUAAAGCAAACAAUACUUUUACACCAGAUUUUAUUUUACGUCUUGAUUUUUAGAUCAAGUUGUUUUUAGAGUGAAAAGUCCCUCCUCAAUGCUUCAUGCGGUAAUAUUUGUUGAUGCAGAGUUGCAGUUGUUUCACUUGUCACAUUUUCUGCAACUAAAAAUGAUCUUGUCAUUGAUUUCUUCACAUUCAUGGGUAAAACCUCACCAUUUUUUUCUUCAGAGUUCCCAGGGUUUUGGUUGCGUGUUGUUUUUACCCUCAGAAUGCAUUUAUGUACUCCUCACAUCACUUUGCGUGACUUCCCGUUCAAUUUAUUUGAUACCUAAAGUAAUGAAAAACAUUUUCACGGGUGCUAAGGCGAACAGUUUCACGGUUGCUUCAGAUUUGAUAUGUGAAGCAUGCAGUCCACACACGGGUCAUCUGGAACUCAUCUGCGUGCACUGAACUCACUGCAUCGUGAGUUUUCCAUGGACUGUUGACUUGUUUCCCACAUGCUUUUGUACCUGGAAUAAUGAUGAUGUUUACAUUUUUUAUACGCGUGAAUUUCUACCGUGUGAAUGAAUGUGUAUGGCCACUGUUAAAGACAAAUCUGUGCUGAACUGGAGGUGGUGGGUAGAGGUUUUAGGUUUUGGUAUUAUGGUGGCUUUAUUGUUAAAAGGCACAUACAACAAAUACUGCACACAUCAGACUGGAUGUUUCAUGUGAAUUAUAUGCAUGACCCGCUUCCCAAACACAAAUGGUUAUUCGUUAUUUUUUACUGUUGUUUGUUUAUCUUGGGCUUUUACUUAAGUGGGCCUGAAACGGGACAGUAUUUCUAUUGCACAUAUUGUUAUAAGCUGCAUGAGAAGGUGCAACUGGAUGUUAUUUUGUCAGGAUUUGAUUGAUGCUGUAUAAUUAUAUUAUUACUGGAACGGCACACGUUCAAAAACAUUUCUCGUACAUUUUUGAGGUUUUUAGUUAAUUGCAACCAACGUCGCAAUUUUAUGCAUCAGGCUGCUGGAUUGAAAUUGCAAGCACAGAAAUGUGUGUACAUUGUUUAAUAAGCUGUGUUUAUUUCUUUUUGACUGUCAGCCGACUGUUUGCAUGCUGCAUGUUAAGUGAUGACACAGUAAGCGUUGGCAUGGCAACAUAAGUGCAAUAUGUGUUUAAUGGUAUAACCGAGCCUUUAAAUUACAGCGAUUAAAAGCUUCAUGUCAUGCAGACUCUGUUGUGACAUCUUAUCCCUCUAUUAUCACAGACUUCUGUGGAUGAAGUGUUUGCUGUCUACAAUCUUGUUGUGUGGAUCCCAAAGCCACUGUAAACCUGUUUUUACAGGUCUGUGUGACCCUCGCUGCAGUUUCAUUCACAACGGUGAUAAGUCCAUCAUCUCUAGAUCUUCUUGUGCUGAUGGUCUGCUUCCAUUUUUUCAGAAUCGUCAAGAAAUCUUUGUCCGUGUUUGGAGAAAAAAAACUUUUAUAAGUAUUUUUUAAUGUUGUUAUAACUGUUUGUCUUAUGUUUUGGAAUAAAUCAUUCACUGAUUUAAGAGGUAAGAUCUCUGACGGUUC